AUGAGCAAAGUCUGCUUUGUCACUACAGGUGCGACAGCCGAGUUCUCUGAGCUGAUCGCAGCUGUCCUGGAUCCGCAAUGUCUGCAGCUCCUUAAGAAAGAAGGCUUUACUACGCUGAACAUCCAGUGUGGUGAGACAUUCAAGAACGUCGAGUCGAUGAAGCCAGCCGACACCCAAGGUUUGGCAAUCCAUGCUUUUGAUUUCAAGCCGGAUCUGCAUAGGGACAUGCGAGAGUGCCAAGCACUCGAAGGACCUGGUUGUUCGAGGAAGCAGGGCUUGAUCAUCUUGCACGCAGGCGCCGGUACGGUCAUGGAUGCUAUGAGAUUGGGUCUUAACAUGAUCGUCGUUCCUAACCCUUCUCUACUGGACAAUCAUCAGGACGAGCUGGCCGAAGAGUUGCACAUGCAGAAUUAUGCUACUGCAGCCUCAGUCCAGUAA